UUGUGAUAAUGCUCAGUGUUAGUGUAGUUGUGCGAUUGUGGUCAGUGUCAGUGUAGCUGUGUAACAGUGACUGGGCUCAGUGUUCGUGUGAUUGUGCUCAGUGUUAGUUUAGUUGUGCGAUUGUGGUCAGUGUCAAUGUAGCUGUGUAACUGACUGGGCUCAGUGUUCGUGUGAUUGUGCUCAGUGUUAGUUUAGUUGUGUAAGAGUGACUGAGCUCCAGUGUAGUUCAGCUCAGUGCUGCUUCUCUCGGCCUGAAUGGUGUAUUCACAUCCAUCUCUCUGAGCUCCAGCCUUCACCAUCAACCCCACACGUACACAGUCAUAAAGGACACGGACUCCGGCACACAGCCACACAAAACAUGAUUAAACUCUUUUCUUUAAAACAGCAGAAAAAAGAUGAAGAAUCUGCCGGAGGAAACAGAACCGGAGCCGGGGGUAAAAAAGCAAGCGCGGCCCAGCUGCGGAUACAGAAAGAUAUCAACGAGCUGAACCUUCCAAAGACGUGUGAGAUUGUGUUUCCUGAUCAGGAUGAUCUACUGAACUUUAAACUCAUCAUUUCACCAGACGAGGGCUUCUAUAAAGGAGGGAAGUUUGUGUUCAGCUUUAAGGUAGGACAGGGCUACCCUCACGACCCACCUAAAGUGAAGUGUGAAACGAUGGUGUAUCACCCCAACAUCGACCUGGAGGGAAACGUCUGUCUAAAUAUUUUAAGAGAAGACUGGAAGCCUGUGUUGACAAUUAACUCCAUCAUAUACGGACUACAGUAUCUAUUCUUAGAGCCAAAUCCCGAAGACCCAUUGAACAAAGAGGCUGCGGAGGUGCUGCAAACGAACCGGCGGCUUUUCGAGCAGAACGUCCAGCGGUCGCUGCGCGGCGGAUACGUGGGGGCCACCUACUUUGAGCGGUGUCUGAAAUAGUGCCCCGCCCGGCCGGGCCGGCGCUCCAUACCAAGACACAUUUAUCGUUUACACACGCUGACUGACACUGACGGAGAGCGGAGGGGGGGCAGGCGGGGGUGGGAGGGGCUUUUUUUGGAGGUGGGUGGGGUUUUAAAGACAGGUGAGGCUUGAACAGUCAGUAAAAAAGAAAAUAAAGUUGCUCGGAGAUUGCCGAGGCGAUAGAUAUGAUGCCACUCUGCUGGUGCCCACAGUUUUGGUUUGGAUGUUUUGGUUUGUUGUUUUUGGCUGAGCUGUAACGCGGCAACCGAUCGACAGACGAAAUAAAACGCAGACGCUCCAGUAAGUGGAAGAAAAUCCUUUUUUGCUUUGUUUUGUUUUUGUUUUUUCCCCCCUCUCUGACGUACAUUCUAUAGACGUUUCUUUGCGGAGACUGGCCGAGCUCGGCAGACGGCUGAGGCUGAGCUCCACCGGGGCAGAAUGGCACACGUAUUUGACUACAAAUACUUAUGUAUCGAUAGGAGGACCCUGACACACACAGACGCACGUCCAGGACAGACUGACGGACUUGUUGACUGACUCAGCGAUACAUAAACGGCGGACAGGUUCAGUAUGCAGGUUUGGCUGUAGAGGAUUGGGAGAUCAUUUGUUUUGUUAAGGUUUUCUCCAUGUGUAAUAGUGGGGAAGAGGGGGGGAGUGUUGGGGGGGGCGCAGAGAGUUGGAUUUUUGUGAAGAGGGUCCGGUUUGGUUUGGGUUGGGGGGGAUUGGGCAGGGUGGCAGAAAAUGUUACAAUUCUAUUGUGUAUAUUGAAAUCCCAGCUGUUCACAAUGACUGCAAUAUGAAUUAUGUUAAAUAAAAUAUGGACUCGAAUGCCUA